GGACUGCGCGAUUGAUCGAGUAAACUGCGUAAUGUUUUUAACUCGAUCUGGCAAUGCAGUGGUGGUAGUUAUUCGGCUUUUUUCUGUUUCUGUAAAGCGCUGCAGAAACAUCUUGUCAUCGUCAUGGAGGAUAUGUGUGUAAUAGUACCCGAGCGAACGGAAGAAGCUAUUCCUGAUUUGAAACCGAACGUCAAUUUAUUAAUUCCAACCAUCAAUGAAGCACUUGACAUCGAUGAUCUUUACACUAAAUACAAGAAAUUGCAAAUGCAACUAGAGUCAUUGACUGUGCAAGAAGCCUACAUUAAAGAUGAACAAAGAAAUUUGAAGAAGGAAUACCUACACGCUCAAGAGGAAGUGAAACGAAUUCAAAGUGUACCUUUAGUUAUUGGACAGUUUCUUGAAGCUGUUGAUCAGAACACUGGGAUUGUAGGCAGCACAACUGGGUCCAAUUACUUUGUCAGAAUUCUUUCAACUAUUGAUAGGGAACUGUUAAAACCAUCAGCAAGUGUUGCAUUGCACAAGCACAGCAAUGCUCUUGUCGAUGUACUUCCACCAGAAGCAGAUUCAUCUAUUUCUAUGCUGGGAGCAGAUGAAAAACCUGAUGUGUCUUAUGCUGACAUUGGUGGAAUGGACAUGCAAAAACAAGAGAUGAGGGAAGCAGUUGAGCUCCCAUUAACACACUUUGAGCUUUACAAGCAAAUCGGUAUUGAUCCUCCAAGAGGUGUUUUGAUGUAUGGGCCCCCAGGAUGUGGGAAAACUAUGUUGGCCAAAGCAGUGGCACAUCAUACAACAGCGGCCUUCAUCCGUGUGGUUGGCUCAGAGUUUGUUCAAAAGUAUCUGGGUGAAGGACCCCGUAUGGUCCGUGAUGUCUUCCGCCUUGCAAAAGAGAAUGCACCAGCUAUUAUUUUUAUUGAUGAGAUCGACGCCAUUGCCACGAAGCGUUUUGAUGCUCAGACCGGUGCCGAUCGGGAGGUUCAACGUAUUCUAUUGGAAUUACUUAAUCAAAUGGACGGAUUUGACCAGACCACUAACGUCAAAGUCAUUAUGGCAACCAACCGAGCAGAUACACUGGAUCCUGCACUUCUCCGUCCUGGCCGUCUUGAUCGCAAAAUAGAAUUUCCAUUGCCUGAUAGACGUCAAAAGCGGUUAGUUUUCGCAACGAUUACAGCCAAGAUGAAUCUGAGCGACGAGGUGGAUUUAGAAGACUUCGUUGCCAGGCCGGACAAGAUUUCUGGUGCAGAUAUUAACGCAAUCUGUCAAGAGGCCGGUAUGCAUGCAGUUCGCGAAAACCGCUACAUCGUAUUGGCGAAAGACUUUGAAAAGGGAUACAAAAAUAACAUUAAGAAAGAUGAAGCUGAGCACGAGUUUUAUAAAUGAGUUUGGUUUUUCUUGUGUUUUUUUUUUUUUUUUUGUUCUCAAGUAUCCACACCAAUACACAUCAAAUUCUGUUCGAAAA